GCUAUGGCUUUCAGAUUCAAGCCCUUUGGGCUUAGCAGACAGAUCAUUUCUGCUCCUUCCACAUUAAAUGCUACCAGACAAUGUUGCGCUCCGGCUGGACGCUCAUAUUCGACCUCCGAUCGCCUCCCGAAGAUCGCAGACACGUCAGUAUGGACCGCAAUGAUUCCCCGAUUUCUUCGGGGUGGCCGAGCGCGCAAGAAUCCUACGAAGGAGAAAUCUAAAGAAUGGAACCCGGCAACGUUCUACAUCAUCAUGUUCACUCUGAUCGGCUCGCAGGCCAUUCGCAUGCUCACUUUGAAGAACGGCUAUGCGGCAUAUACUCGGACGACAGAUGCGAAGAUCGAGCUUCUAAGGGAGAUCAUUGCACGAGUCAAGAAUGGAGAGAAGGUCGACGUAGAGAAGUUGCUGGGAACGGGCGACGAGGCAAAGGAACGAGAGUGGGAUGAGGUACUGCGCGAGAUUGAAGCCGAAGAUUCCCUAUGGCAUGAGAAGAAGACUGCCCAGCCACAGGCGGAGAAGUCCCAGGAGCCUGAGAAAGAACAAAAACAACCCACACAAUCUUCGGAAGAAAACCCCACCGAUGAGGUUGUGAAGACUGGGUCUCCACGAAAGCUUAGAUUCUACUGA